UGCGGUGUUUUUGUCUGUCUGUCACUGAGCGCUCCCGGGCCGAGGCGGCUGGAAGGAUUUACAAAGCCGGGGAGCAGGUGAGAGUAAGCGGGUGACUAUCUGAAAGCAGCCUCCUUGCCUGAAAUGGCUCAAGUGCUGCAUAUGGACCCUGGCUUCCCAGGGAAGCUCAGCUCACCAGCUCCCCCCUCCCUACACGGCAAGGAGCAGGAGGCGCCCUACUCAGUGGAGACCCCCUAUGGCUACCGUCUGGACCUGGACUUCCUCAAGUAUGUCAACGACAUCGAGAAGGGAAACACUAUCAAGAAGGUGCCCAUUCAACGUCGGCCGCGCUAUGGCUCGCUUCCCCGCGGCAGCUACGGUUACACCGGCUCCUGGUGGACGUCCACGGAAUCCCUGUGCUCUAAUGCCAGCAUGGACAGUCGUCACUCCUCCUUCUCCUACUGCGCUCCGGGCUAUCAUACUUCACACAGGCCCAACUUCAGCACUGCCCGCGUGGAGAAGACCUUGUUGGAUGCACGCAGGAAGUUGGAAGAAGAGAAAGAAGGAAGGAGGUUCUCCAACCUGGGCAGCAUGCACAGCAGUGUGGUAGGUUCUAACACCUCCAUCAGCAGUGCGCACAGUUUCAACCGGGCCCACGGUGGAGGAGGCAAUGGCGGAGGAGGAGCCUUCACUCCCAUGAGUUCAGGCCUGUCCACCCCGGUAACACCGACCCCGGCACACUUGCAGAAUGUCCGGGAACAGAUGGCGGCUGCCCUCAGGAAAAUCCGAGAUCUCGAGGAGCAGGUAAAGACCAUACCCGUGCUGCAGGUGAAGAUCUCCGUGCUGCAGGAAGAGAAACGACAGCUCAGCGUUCAACUGAAGAGCCAGAAGUUUCUAGGCCACUCGAUGGGCUUCAACCGAGGCAGGAGCAGAGGAGAGCUGUACAUCGACAUCCCAGAAGAAGAGGUGAGCGCAGGAACAAAAGGUCAAAAAGAGCCUCCGGGGUCGAUGCCUCCCACCACGCCGGAGGGCUCCAAACAAGACUCGGGAUGUGAGAUUGAGGACACCGUUAUCGUGGCCGGAGCCAGACCAGAUGCCAAGCGGGAGCUGCGUACAAUCGGAGUUGGACCGGAGGGAGAGAAGAGCAGUCGCCAGGUGGGGGUGGGCGUUCAGGAAGUGGAUCUGGGGCUGCUGCCGGAGGCCGAGGCUUUGAAGAACCAAGUAGUUCAUCUUGAGGGUCAGCUGAAAAGAAUGAUGGAGGAGCUGCACGCCGCACAGCUGCAAGCAACAUCUACCCAGAAGGACGAGGGCCCUCGGGCCGAGCACCCAGUGAUGGCCACUACCAUGAGCUGGCAAGAUAUCCAGGACGGCAACCUCCAGACCGUGGUCAGCUUCACACAGCAGUCUCCACACAGGGAACAGAGAACUGUUGGGAUCCAAGUGUACACGCUGGAACAGCCCACUGUGGUGGAGGUGGGCACUCUACUCCGAGCAGUCAGCUGCAGCUCCCCAUCAACAUUGUUAGAGGGCCACCACAGAGAACAAACUGAUGGCUCUACAGAAUCUACACUGGGGUUGCCCAUCGCCGUCAGCUCCAAGCAAGUGCGUGACAUCCUCAAGAGUGAGUUGUCCACAUCGGUGCCCGUAUCUAACCCCGCCGUCACCGUCAGCACGGGAGGCAAUCAGAUUACGUCUGUUUACUCAAAAGAAGACGAAACUCACCUGGAAACCAGCGUAGAGACGCUUCAGGAAGGCCGACACUCGGCCUCAUCUCCUGAAUCAUCUCUGAGGUCCAUCAUGAAACGAAAAGCAGAGGGGGAACCUGGCUCUCCUUCUACCAAGAAAAACCUUCAGUUCAUUGGCGUCAAUGGAGGCUACGAAUCAACCUCAUCCGACGACAGCAGCAGCUCGGAUGAGGAGAGCGACUCCAGCGAGUAUCACGAAGCUAGGGAAAAACUGCCAGAGGCCACGGCCGAGCACCAGCCAUCCUUCGGGCCUCUAGAGGGUGACGAAAUACCUCAGCAGACAAUUAGCAGACCGGCGACCGAGUGCCCUGCCACAGAUAAAGCUCAACUACCACCAGCGACCGAAGCUGCCGCUCUAGAAUGUGCCCCCCAGACACCAGCACCCGGCGCCGGCCUGGCUCUCUCACAUACGGCGAACACUCCUGCCUCCCAGGAAACCGUCAGUCCGACAACAGCCACCAGCACUGAUUUUAAGCCGCCCGUUACCUCCUCAGUAGCCACUCCAACUCCAGAGGUUGCCAGGCAGCAGGCGGACACAGCGACGUCUUCCAGCCAAUCAGAAUCGGAGCCUGCGUCUGUGAGUGUCCCCACAAAACAAAUCAGAUUGGAACUAAGUGACAGCCUGAUGUCAGCGCUUCAUGAACUUCAGAAGGCCCUCGGAGAGCCCAACGCUUUCAGCCAGCAAGCAGCGAGAGAGGCAUACACCAGCGUGCUACAGGAGUGGCUGCGCGUGUCCUGCCACAAAGCGGCAGACGUGGCGGCGGUCCGGGCCUACAUGGAGGCCUUCGCUGCCAUCUCUCCUCAAUUGCUGGAGUUUAUCAUCAACAUGGCGGACGGCAACGGCAACACGGCGCUGCAUUACACCGUCUCACACUCUAAUUUCCCUGUCGUGAAACUGCUUCUUGACACCGGUCUUUGUAACGCCGACAAACAGAACAAAGCAGGCUACACGGCCAUCAUGCUCACAGCUCUGGCAGCUUUCCACUCUGACAGCGAUCUUCAAGCUGUCCUGCAGCUGUUGCGCACAGGGGACGUUAAUGCCAAGGCUAGCCAGGCCGGGCAGACGGCAUUGAUGCUGGCGGUCAGCCACGGCCGGGGCGACAUGGUGCGGGCACUCCUGUCCUGCGGGGCCCAAGUCAACAUCCGCGACGAAGACGGCUCCACGGCGCUCAUGUGCGCCUGCGAGCAUGGCCACGUCGACAUCGUGCGACAGCUACUGUCUGUUCCCGGCUGUGACGCUACCAUCACUGAUAAUGAUGGCAGCACGGCGCUCUCCAUUGCCCUGGAAGCCAGCCAAAAUGACAUCGCCGUGCUUCUGUAUGCUCACCUCAACUUUGCCAAGCCUCCUUCUCCUGUUUCUCCCAAAUCUCCUCUGCUGGGCUCCUCUCCUUCUGCCAAUGACACAAAAUGAAAGCCCACAGCUCUGUAUGGAAGCCCGCGAGUGACGAGAAGAGGUCACAUGACCCACCGACGCUGCCAUUAUUAGCCGCUCAUCCCUCACAGCUGUGUUUUGGUUAGUUGUUGUGUAUUACCAGCGACUGAACUCCACUAAACAACAUGAGUGUUUUAAAAACAAAAAACAUGAUGUAACAAUUGCCAGCCAUGUGGAAUUACAAGAGCCACCUUCCAGUAGGUUAAGUGUCCUUGAUGGGUUGCAUCCACUUUGUCACCAUCGCAAGUCUUUUAUACACCAAAUGUGGUCUAUUUUUGAUAAGUUUUCCUUUUCCGUAUCUGAUUUUACCUCAGGACCUUGGCAAAUGACUUGUUUUCUUUUAUCAUGCACCAGCCAACAGAUGAAUAUGUUUAUGAAGGUACUACAGUGUUUGUGUUUUCAUACAUGAAAGUUUAUUGCCGCAGGAAAAAAUUGAAAAUGCCAUAUGAUGAAAGUGAGUGGAACAGUCUGCUGUAGUCGAUGCAUGACGGAAAAGUAAGUGACUGAAACAGAUAAACUGUAAAAUAUUUCAAAAUAAUAUAUGUCCCUUUCAACUGGUAGCUAUCACACCGAAAAACAAAGUGCAUUGGCUUUUGAUGUCAACGUUUCUAAUACUUUUUAACCCCACUGAAAUUUCCAGAUCACUUUGGAGCAGUUCACUUUUAUAAAAGUGUUAAUUUAAGCAUCUAUCUUUUUAUACACGUAGGGUUUUGAAGAUCACGCCUACUCUAUGUAACCGCACAGCUCUUAAUUAAGCUCAUCUCUUAUGAAGGGUUAUGUCCAAUUUUUUUGACUGUGUCUCUUCUAUCAUUUGUGCAUAUUUUUCAAAGAACUAUUAUUAAAUAAGGACCGCACUGUUAGUGUUGUUGCUUUAUUCACUACAAUACAUGUUACAAUUUUCUUUUCCAGGCUGAAGGCUUGUCAAGUCGCCAUAAACAUGGUUUUAUGAAUUUAUUCAGUAUUUGUUUCAUUAAUGUUCGACAUAAUGUUCUACAGGUUUUGGUAUGUCUUGUUAGCUACCAUUGGCGGCAACAAAUGUCCAUUCUACAGUCCCUGACAAAAGUCUUGUCUG